GUGUACUUAGUAGGUUCUCCAAGCUAGACUUGAUAGUAUUAUAAGAGUAUAAUCAUGCGUGCAUUAGUUACAUUCGUAAUAUGCCUCGAAAUGGUUUUUGGUGCCGAAUUACCUACUGAUAUACAGAAAUGUCGCUAUGAUGAAGGGGAUUGCAUUAAAAAUGCCAUCAAUCUGCUCAUAAGACGCUAUCCCAAAGGUCUUCCGAAGUUGGGCAUAUCUCCUUUCAAUGAUUUCCGACCAGGUGAUCUACAAUUAUUUGAGGCCCCCCAAGUUGGUAGCAUGUGGUUGAAUUUUAAGCUAAUUAAUCAAGUGAUUAAUGGCUGUGAGAAUGCAACCGUUACGCACGUGAGUGGCUUCCAACAGGACCCCACCAAGGCCAAAGUGGAGAUUGGGCUACGUAUACCCAGACUAGUCCAUAGAUCUCAAUAUAAGAUGCAAAUGCGCUGGCUGUCCAUGGUGCAAACCAACACUACGGGACCCUGCUAUGCGGAGUUCCAAAAUGUUAGCCUGACGCUCAAUUUGAAGGUGAUUGUCAGAUAUAGGCAGGAGAAGCGCUAUCUUAAGAUCUAUGAACUGAUGCCGAAAGUCGAACUGGGACGCUUUUUUCUUGAAUUGGGCGAUUUAUAUCAACACAAUUUGGAUCUAACGCUUGUCGUGAAUCGCUUCUACCGUGAAAACUGGCUGGCGCUCUGGAAUGAUAUCGAGCCGAAAGUUUCGCCCAGUUUUAGCAGGUCGGGUGCCCAGCUGCUGAAUAAUAUAUUUGAUACUAUCUCUUACGAUGAUAUGUUUUUAUAAUAUGUAAGUCAAACUAGUUGACUUAAACUUCUCAAGUAUUAUUAUUAUUUAUGCUAAUAAACCUGCUAGUUGUGUUA